AUGAUUCGAAAAGAAAGCUUAGAAGAUUUAGCCGCUGCUGUGAAGGACUAUAGAUGUCUUUCACCGCUGCCGCAGCUUCUCCAUCUUCCUCUUUAUCUAUCUUCUCUCAGAUAUCAGCUGGUCUUUGUCGCUUCCUCUCAUAGACACAGAAAUCGGAUAGGAAACGAUGUGGAAUUUGCUUGCGCUCAGACCGGAUUGAACAUUUCCAAAUCAAGGUCAGACUAUGAAUGCAUCGGACAUUCUCAGUUCUUUAUCCACAGCUUCUCCUCUUCUUUUCUGCUUAUUAUGUUUACCGAGUUCUGUACUGUAUUUGCUACUGUCGAACUAUUAUGUAUGAUGUAUCGUCAGUUUGAUCAUAUGAACAAUUCGGAAGUUUGUGACGAGGAAGGCAUUGUUCUUCACAAGAAAUACUAUGAGACAGAAAGGAGGACGUCGCCAUUUUGGAAUAAUCUAUGA